ACUGAUGUUUGCUGUGUGACUGUAAACAAGCAGAAAGGAGGAAUAAGGGCACAGACAAAGGAAGAGGGAGGAAGGGACUCUUAUGUCCGUGCUUGGAUGCUGGGAACUUCCAAAACCCAGGGAACUUAUUCCAUCCCUCCUUCAAGCUGAAGACAUCUAGAGCAGGUCUGGAGUUUGUCCAUGAUGCAAUCCUAUCUCACACUGUUGCUGGCGCUUGUGGCCUCUGCAGCUUCAGUGGAAUGGAAGCCGAUAAUCAAAGUCAAUUCCAAGGUGGUGACGGGCCCCGAGGUGGUGGUUAAGGCUGGGAGGCCUUUGGAUCUGAGGUGUGAAGGCAACAGACCUGUAAACUGGCAACCCAGGCUGCCCAAACACAAGCGUUAUGUAUCCAGGGGCAACGGGAACGUUCGCAUCUUCAAGGUGGAACGCUCCUCGGCAGAAUUCACUGGAACGUACAAGUGCUUCUACACUGCUAAUCCCGAUUUCAAUAAUCUGACCUCCUCACUGCAUGUGUAUGUGAAAGACCCACAGCGAGUGUUUUGGACAAGCAGCACAUCUCUGCGUGUGGUGAUUAAGGAGGGUGAGAACUUCCUACUGCCCUGCCUGCUAACAGACCCCUCAGCCACCGAUCUGGGCCUCCGCAUGGACAACGGCACCACUGUGCCACCCGGAAUGAACUUCACUGUGGACAGGCAUCGUGGCAUCCUCAUCCACAGCCUCCACCCGAGCUUCAACGCUGACUACGUCUGCACCGCCAUGGUUAAUGGGGCGGAGCGGACCUCCAAGGCCUUUUCCAUCAACGUCAUUCAGAAGCUUCGCUUCCCUCCAUAUGUCUUCUUGGAGACAGAUGAAUAUGUACGGAUAGUUGGGGAAGAAAUUAAGAUUCGCUGCACAACACACAAUCCAAACUUCAACUACAACGUCACAUGGAAAUACAUCACCAAAUCGAACCCAACAGUAGAAGAGACAGUUCGCUCAAAUGGAGAAAAUCGUCUAGACAUCCAGAGCAUCCUGACAAUCUCUGCUGUGGACCUUGCAGACACUGGAAACAUCUCCUGCAUUGGAACUAACGAAGCCGGAGUGAACAGUACAACUACAUACCUGCUGGUUGUGGAUAAACCCUACAUCAGGCUGCUGCCCCAGCUCUCACCAAAACUGACCCUCAAGGGUCUUUCUGUUGUGGUGAAAGAGGGAGAAGACCUUGAGCUCAGCUUGCUCAUUGAAGCCUACCCUCAUAUAACAGAGCAUGGAUGGCUGACUCCGACACCGCCCAACACAUCUACACAGGAGCACAAGUUCAUCCGAUACAACAACAGAUACCUCGCAACUCUGCAGGUGAAGAGAAUGAACAUACAGGAGCAAGGACAAUAUACUUUCCAUGCAAAGAGUGACUUGACCGAUGCAUCCAUCUCAUUUCAAGUUCAAAUGUAUCAGAGACCUAAUGCAGUGGUCAGAUGGGAAAAUAUAACUACUUUGACUUGUACCUCGUUUGGCUAUCCGGCUCCGAGGAUCAUCUGGUAUCAGUGUCUGGGGAUACGACCCACGUGUAAUGAAAAUACAUCAGGGUUGCAGCUGGCCAUCCCUCUCCAGGCUCCCACAGUGGAAGUCCAGAGGGAAGAGUACGGAGCUGUGGAGGUGGAGAGUGUCCUCACGGUUGGACCGUCCAGCCAGAGGAUGACGGUGGAGUGUGUAGCCUUCAACCUUGUUGGUGUGAGCAGAGACACACUUGCCAUGGAAGUGUCUGACAAGCUCUUUACGACAACCCUGAGUGGAGCUGCAGGAAUUCUAGCAAUCCUCCUGGUGCUGUUGGCCAUCCUGUUAUACAAAUACAAGCAGAAACCCCGCUACGAAAUCCGUUGGAAGAUCAUAGAAGCAAGGGAUGGCAACAAUUACACUUUCAUCGAUCCCACACAGCUGCCAUACAACGAGAAAUGGGAGUUUCCAAGAGACAAGCUAAAACUAGGAAAGAUUUUGGGUGCGGGUGCAUUUGGAAAAGUUGUUGAAGCAACGGCUUACGGUCUGGGGAAGGAGGACAAUGUCAUGCGUGUGGCUGUGAAAAUGUUAAAAGCCAGCGCCCAUUCAGAUGAGAGGGAGGCUCUGAUGUCUGAGCUGAAGAUCCUAAGUCACCUGGGGCAUCACAAACACAUAGUCAAUCUGCUUGGGGCCUGCACUUAUGGAGGACCAGUGCUUGUGAUCACUGAGUACUGCAGCCUCGGUGACCUACUGAACUUCCUUCGCCAGAAAGCAGAAACUUUUGUAAACUUCUUCAUGAAUAUUCCCGAGAUCGACGAGAGCUCGAAUGAUUAUAAAAAUAUUUGCAUUCAGAAGCAGUUUGUCAGAAGUGACAGCGGGAUCUCAAGCUUCGCCUCAAGCAGCUACUUGGAGAUGAGACCCAGUCAGCUGCCAAAUACAGAACAAUCUCGAGAAUCAGACUGCGAGGAGACUGGUGACUGGCCACUGGACAUUGACGACCUGCUGAGAUUCUCCCUUCAAGUCGCGCAGGGCCUUGACUUUCUUGCUGCUAAAAAUUGUAUCCACAGAGACGUUGCUGCCAGGAACGUCCUCCUGACCAGCCGCAGAGAGGCAAAGAUUUGUGACUUUGGCUUGGCCCGAGACAUCAUGAAUGACUCCAACUAUGUUGUGAAGGGCAACGCCCGUCUGCCUGUGAAGUGGAUGGCCCCAGAGAGCAUCUUUGACUGUGUCUACACUGUGCAGAGUGACGUCUGGUCCUACGGCAUCCUCUUAUGGGAGAUCUUCUCUUUAGGCCAGAGUCCAUAUCCCAGCAUGGCUGUGGACACCAGGUUCUACAAGAUGGUGAAGCGCGGCUAUCAGAUGUCCCAGCCUGACUUUGCUCCACUAGAAAUGUACGCCAUCAUGAAAAUGUGCUGGAAUCUGGAACCCACAAAGCGUCCGACCUUUAGCAAAAUUAGACAAAUGAUAGAAAAGCUACUGGGGGGCCAUCUCGAGGAGGAGCAGGUAAUCUACCAGAAUAUGCAGCAGGAGGUCACAGAGGCUGAUGCAUAUGACAAGCCGAAGUGUCAUGAUGGCCCCUGUGACCAGUCUUGUGACCACGAAGAAGAGGAGCAGCCUCUGAUGAAGACAAACAACUAUCAGUUUUGUUGAAAGAGUCCCAAACAACAAUACAUUUGUAAAAAAAAAUUAUCACAGACCAUUAAAAAAAAUAAUAUAAUGAUUAAAAAAAACUAUAGAUUGCUGCAGCUCAAGGCUGAGUCUUUUUUUUUUUUUUUUGCGGCACUGCAGACUGUUACCCUCUCAGCUAUUUUCUGCUCCGCUGUGCCUGUUCGCCAGACAGACGGCCGGCUGCAGCGAAGCAUGUGACUCGCUUCUGUGCAGACCAUGACUAGAAACUGCCAAUUCUAACCUCGACUGCAGACACGAAGGGAGGAAUCAUGUCAACAAGCAUCCAAGUUUCCAGAGCUGUUAUUCUAUUGAAAACAUCGCCACUGGUGGACUGUUCAUCGGUCUUUGUCUUACAUAAUAUGUUUAUUUUAUCGGUUAUCUGCUGUACGUCGUCUUUAUUACAUUGUUUACUGUAGCAAGAAGACAGUCUUGAUUUUGUGGAGGUUGAAAUCAGCAGGAUCACUUCCUUUUAUUGGUUUUAUUGCCACCACGUGCAAUAUGAGCUUGCGUGUACUGCAUGUGCAAUAAUAACUGCAAACACUGGACUAAAACAGCUUGAUUUAUGAUUUUCUCAAAGUUAGUCAAUUUCUCUUCUCGCUCUUUAGGUGAAGGUGAAAAAAUAUGUCCUUUCCUAAGCUGUACGCGGUAAAGCAACUGAAAUGACAAGGCAAAAGAAGGACCAUGUUGUUUUCUCUGUGCCUCGGUCAUGGCUCUAUCUCUUACGACACAUUUACAAUGCUCGCCAGUGGUUAGUAACAUGUGAUUGUUCUGCUUCACUUUAAUUAAUUUAGCGGUGUUCAGCGUAGUUUAGUAGCAGAGAGAAUCUGUGGAUCUAUUCUGGGCCUUUCAUGUCUGACAAUGUGAACUUCUUGUUAUCGUUUUUUUUAUGUACAUUUUGUACGUGACAACUGGAUCUUUUCAUUUCCUGGCAUUAGAUGAAUGUUUGGAUAAAAAACGUUUCACUAAUGUCUGUAUGUAGCAGCCAGCCUACACUGCCAACUGUGAUGAUUUUUAGAAUGAUUUAUAAGCUAUGUGAGCGAUACAGACAGAAAAUGUGUGCAAUGUCAGGCAUUUUGUACGUGUUUGCGUCUGAAUGAGAUGUCUCAUACUGUAUAUAUCUGAGACAAACUUAAGAUAUCUUUAUUUUCACUGAAAUGUUGUAGAUUGUAGCACAUCGGUAUUUCAGUGUGUUUUUGUUUAAAUCAGUGCAGAUGCAGUUGUUGAAAAAAAUCUUACCAAUAAAAGUCCAGCUUCUA